AUGUUAACAUUGGGCAGGUUUCAAUUGAAUCAUGGCAGUCUCAGUGUCUUAGUCCAUCCACACACUGGAUUUGAUGUUGCGGACCACACUGAUCACGCCAUCUGGAUCGGUGAGAAAGUGCCAUUAAUAGUCGGAGUUUUGGAAGCAGCAGAGAAAAGACAGUCAGCCGCUGCUGCUACUACUGCACCUAUUGCACCUAUUGCUGUUGCCAGUGCUGCUACUACUGCACCUAUUGCUGUUGCCGCUAUUACUGCACCUAUUUCUGUUGCCGCUAUGCUUCUGCUUUCGUUGCCACUACUGCUUCUGCUUCUUUGUUAUCUCAUGCAGUAUGAUAUAUAA